GUCCCACCUGAGGUGCCCCUGACCAUCCCUGUCCCCCGCUCCACCCGGGAUCCCGGCAAUGCUAACCGCUGUCUGCGGCUCUCUCGGCAGCCAACACACGGACGCACCGCACGGCUCUCCGCCGCGCCUCGACCUGCAGCCUCUGCAAACGUACCAGGGCCAUACGAGCCCCGAGGCCGGGGACUACCCAUCCCCGCUGCAGCCCGGGGAGCUGCAGAGCCUUCCGCUGGGCCCGGAGGUGGACUUCUCCCAGGGCUAUGAGCUGCCGGGGGCCUCCUCGCGGGUAACCUGCGAGGACCUGGAAAGCGACAGUCCCUUGGCCCCGGGACCCUUCUCCAAGCUCUUGCAGCCAGACAUGUCCCACCAUUACGAAUCGUGGUUCCGGCCGACUCACCCCGGCACAGAAGACGGCUCGUGGUGGGACCUCCAUCCCGGCACCAGCUGGAUGGACCUCCCCCACACUCAGGGCGCGCUCACCUCGCCUGGCCACCCCGGGGCACUUCAAGCCGGUUUGGGGGGCUACGUCGGAGACCACCAGCUUUGCGCUCCGCCGCCCCACCCGCACCCGCACCACCUUCUCCCGGCCGCCGGAGGGCAGCACCUCCUGGGGCCCCCCGACGGGGCCAAGGCCUUGGAAGCGGCUGCCCCGGAGUCCCAAGGGCUGGAGUCCACUCUGGACGGCACGACCCGGCCCAAAGGCUCCCGGCGGUCCGUGCCGCGCAGCUCGGGCCAAACCGUGUGUCGCUGCCCCAACUGCCUGGAGGCGGAGCGACUGGGAACGCCGUGCGGACCCGACGGCAGCAAGAAGAAGCAUUUGCACAACUGCCACAUCCCAGGCUGCGGGAAGGCCUACGCCAAGACGUCGCACCUGAAGGCGCACCUGCGCUGGCACAGCGGCGACCGUCCCUUCGUGUGCAACUGGCUCUUCUGCGGCAAGCGCUUCACGCGCUCCGACGAGCUGCAGCGCCACCUCCAGACCCACACGGGCACCAAGAAGUUCCCCUGCGCCGUCUGCAGCCGCGUCUUCAUGCGCAGCGACCACCUGGCCAAGCACAUGAAAACCCACGAAGGCGCCAAGGAGGAGGCGGCCGCCGCCGGGGCGGCACAGGGAGAGGGCAAGGCUGGCGGUGCUGUGGAGUCCCCCGGGGGCAAAGGCAAGCGGGAGGCCGAGGGCAGCACAGCUCCCUCCAACUGAGUUC